ACAAUUUAUCAUUCUCCCUUCCGGUAUUAAACCGUCUCGAGGCCGAUUAAGCUUGCAUCUGCGCUGCGUUUGGGCGUAUCGUUGUCGCUCCUUUCUCUCUAAAUUGCUCCUCAAGAUCAGGAUUGAAUUUGGAUUUCGAUUUAUAAGCGAUUUCAAAGGUUUUAAUUUGAAGGAAUUUGAUCAGAAUUAAUCUAAUUUUUCUAAUCUACGAAGUAAAAUGGCUAAUGACGGGCAGAAUCGAUCUAUGAACGAUCGGAAUAUGGAUGAUGACGACGAAUCCGUCGGCGCUUGUUGUCCGAUUGAGGGAACUGAGUCGGUCGGCACCCCGAUGGAGUCUGGACGGAGUUCGGGAGCAGACCGACGGCGGACUGGGCUAGCGGAGAGGUUGACGGAGAUCUUGGUGGAGGACGGCGAUGGAGAUCUGUUGCUUCAACGGAGCGAUCAAGAUUGCAGUGUUUUGCAGUGGCUUCAGGCUUUGGAUAUGCAGGUGAUGGGCGCCUGUCGAUCUGAUGAGAGGCUGAAGCCUUUGCUGAAAAUGAAUAUCUCCACGGGUGCUGCGGAGGAUUGCUUGCUCGCUUAUCUCAGUCAGCACUUUGAACCAGCUGAGGUUGGGAUGUUGGCGAGAUGCUUGUGCAUUCCUCUGGUUUCAGUGCGUGUUGGAAAGAUCAAGAAGCAAGGAACACUCUUGUGCCCAACUUCCAUAAGACGUACCUUAACCAUCUCAUGAUGGAAACUGCAUGCCGGAUUCUAUCUUAGACCACUGCGUCUUGAAAUGUGACACUGUUCAUAGCUAGGAGGUGCACAUUGACAGUCGAGAUACCAUUGAGGUUGGUCUUAUGUGUACAAAAUUUGGUUGCUAGAAUGUAGAUGUCAUAAAGUGGAUUAAUUUUUACCAAAAGUGCAAGCAUUGACAUUAUUUUGUUUUUAAUAUGUUAACUCAACUUGUUUAUAUAUGUUGAUGCUCCGUAUAGAAUCAAGUUCACUUCCUCAG